UUUCUUUCCACUCAAAAUUCGCAUUUUUUUGGCCCAGUAGAGCUCACUUCCGCUUUGCAGCCGCAUCGUCUUCCCCAUUUCCAUCUCUCGUAGUCGGAGCCCUGCUAGGGUUUCACACUUUUCCGUGGCAUUUUAUCGACCUCAACUUCGCUGUUCGCCACCUUAAGGCAAGUCAUGUUGGCAUCGGCGACGACGGACACUUCCUUGUCGUCUUCAAAAGGCCGCAUCAGCUACGCGCCGGCGGAUCCCACGCUCGCGAAACCUUGGCGAGGCCUUAUCGAUUCCAAGACUGGUUACCUUUACUUUUGGAACCCGGAGACCAAUGUGACGCAAUACGAGAAACCGCUUUCCUCUUCUCCUCCUCCUAUUCCGCAGCGGGAAGAUUCGCCUUCUCCUGCUACUGUUGAACCUGAAAUUUGCGAGUUUGAUCAGCCUCAGAAAGGUAAUGCAGGGAGCCUGGAAUGCUCCCAAAAUCAUGUGUCCGGACCAGAGAUAGUUGAUGGCGAGGAAUCGUACAUGCGGAACUCCCAAACUAACCAGGAUUCGGGAGUUGGCUUAUCUGUGGAGGCUUAUCGACGGCGUCAUGAAAUUACUGUCAUUGGAACAAAUGUUCCUAACCCAUACAUCACAUUUGAGUCCACAGGUUUUCCAUCUGAGAUCCUAAGAGAGAUAGGUCAUGCUGGUUUUUCUGCACCUACUCCGAUCCAAGCACAAUCAUGGCCAAUCGCUUUGCAGGACCGUGAUAUUGUCGCUGUUGCUAAAACAGGAUCAGGCAAAACAUUGGGUUAUCUUAUUCCGGGUUUCAUCCAUCUUAAGCGCCUGAAUAAAGAUGCUAGAAUGGGCCCGACUGUUCUGGUUUUGUCACCAACCAGAGAAUUGGCGACUCAAAUACAUGAUGAAGCUACUAAGUUUGGAAAAUCUUCACGAAUUUUAUGUGCUUGUUUGUAUGGUGGAGCUCCUAAAGGUCCCCAGUUGAGAGAUAUUGACCGUGGAGUCCAUGUCGUGGUUGCAACUCCUGGAAGGCUGAAUGACAUUUUAGAGAUGAAAAGGUUGAACCUUGAUCAAGUCUCAUACCUCGUUCUUGAUGAGGCUGACCGCAUGCUCGACAUGGGUUUUGAACCACAGAUACGGAAGAUUGUGAAAGAAAUACCACCCAGGCGCCAGACUCUUAUGUACACUGCUACUUGGCCAAAGGAGGUCAGAAAGAUUGCAUCGGAUUUACUUGUUAAACCAGUUCAGAUUAAUAUUGGCAGCGUAGACGAACUUGCUGCGAAUAAAGCUAUUACCCAGCAUGUAGAGGUCAUUUCAAACAUGCAGAAGCGACGCAGACUGGAACAGAUUUUGCUUUCGAACGGCCCAUCGAAAUACAUCGUGUUCUGUUCUACGAAGAGAAUGUGUGAUCAGCUUGCUGAGUAUCUUGAAGGUCCAUUUGGUGCUUCUGCAAUUCAUGGUGACAAGUCUCAGAUGGAGCGUGAUCGGGUGCUUAGUGACUUUCGAAGUGGGAAGUCACCCAUACUUGUGGCAACUGAUGUGGCAGCACGUGGAUUGGAUAUUAAAGAUAUCAGGUUUGUGAUUAAUUAUGAUUUCCCUACUGGUGUUGAAGACUAUGUCCACAGAAUUGGAAGAACUGGUAGAGCUGGUGCAACUGGAGUGGCUUACACAUUUUUUUGUGACCAGGAUUCGAAGCAUGCCUCAGAUCUCGUUAAAGUGUUGGAAGGGGCAGAUCAACAAGUUCCUUCAGAGCUACGGGACAUGGCAUCCCGCAGUAGUUACGGAACAAAAUUCCGACGGUGGGCGUCUGAUUCCAGUUAUGGCUAUAAUGAUCAGGGCUCUUCACAGGACAGAUACUCUCUUGGACGUCAGGAUCAAGAUAGUAAUGGUGAUCACAGAAAUGAGCAUCAUAGAAACUAUGGGGGAAAUGGUGGUGGUGACAGCGGUGGCUGCUACCUUAGUUUCAGUCCAGGCCCGACUGACGACGAUGGUGGAUAUCGUAGUCGAAGCCGAAGCCAAAGCCCUAAUCACAACAGCUUCAGUGAAGCAGCACCAAGCCAGAAUGAUGCCUGGACUAAAGCUGCUAAUUCAGCACGGUAGCUGUGGGAGCCAUAUGGCAGAAGAAAUUUGAUCACGACGAUCUGUUUAGCUUGACAUGGAUGGUUUUGCCGCCUUGCUUCUUUAGGUAAGCUAGGCUCUCUAACAUGCAUUUUUUUUGUAUAGUUCUUUUUGCACAUCAUACUGCUUUUUAUGAUCAGGAAGUCCACUUUUUGUGUCAAAUCUGAAAGGGCAAUGGGUCUCACUUGUAUACGGGCUCUUAUAGGAUGAAGUCCCUGAAAGUUUAUCAAUUUUGUUUUGGCCAAUACGCCUUAGCCAACUGUUUGUUUGCUUGUCCAUAUGGGUUUUUAUUUGCUGAUUUAUUGGUAUCUUUUUAGUUUAAGGGUGAAGGGGUUUUAGUAAU